AGAAAAGGCUCGUACACCAAACGAUUAGCUAUUCACAGGAUGUUGCUGAAACAUUUUCUACUGUGCGUUUUGUUGACUUGCUGCUCGAUGCAGGUGAAUACACAAUCACUCGAUAAAUGUGGCUUGAGCGAAUCGACAAAGCGGACGCUAUGUGCUGCAAGUGAGUAUGAUGAGAUUCCGGGCGUUGACAUGGAUGCAACGCUGAACUGCAUCCUUAAGACGACGGAAAUCGUCGACGGAACCGGAGCUGGAAAUUUCUACAGUUUGUUCGAUCCGAUGGCCGUUUUCGAAGAUGAAACCCGGAGGCUUAACUAUAAUCUUGAGACGUGCAUGACUCGGCGAUUGAAGUACACCCUGCCGGAACCUCAGCGUGCACAUGCGUUCUACAGGUGCAUGAUGGCAGGCGAGUCUCAGUACUCCUUCAAGAAGGUGUUUAAUGCCAGAGUUUGUAAUUGAAAGGGACAUGGCAGCGCCGUGACCGUAUCAACUGUUUAAAAAACAGUAAACUUCCAGUAAUGGCCUGUUGCAACUUAUUUUAUGAAUAUUUUACUGAUGUAGCGAUGACUUAUAACACUGCGAUAUUGAUUGAUCAAGAAUUGCAGCUCUAGAAUAAACAAUAUUCUCCUCAAGGAUUGCAGUGAAACAGUCCCUUCGUUCGUAAACAAUGUAAAUUAUUCAUCUUACUCUAGAAUAGUAUAAAACAUGGGCUCCGCAAUGCCGCAGAAGGGGAUCAGCGUACAAUAGUGUCGUGGUCAAGAAAGUGGUUUGCUUCAAAUUUUGUCUCUUUAGCAAGCAAUUAAAUUAAAUUCCCAAUAAAAAAUCGAAGACAGAUUGAAAACUAUAAAAAAGUUUUACACCUCAGUCUGAACAGCUUGAAACAAGAUGCAGUUGAAUAAACUGCUUCCAUGUUUUGGUUUAUUAAUGGUGUGCCUUCUGCAGGUGGAUGCCCAAAACCGGAAUAAUUGUGACAAUUUAAUGAGCGCUAAAACGAAGAAGAAACUAUGUGACGCCAAAAAGUACAAGCCCAUCAAGGGUGUUGAUAUGGACAAACUGUUGGACUGCGUGCUUAAGGCGGCAAAGAUCGUGGACGCAAGAGGAGCUGGAAAUUUUGAAAGCUUGUUCAAGCCAAUGUACCUCACCGAAGGGGAUGGUGCUAAGGUUAACAAGAACCUUGAAUCGUGCACGACUAAAGGGAUGACGCAGACGCUCCCGUUCCAGCAGCGUGCGCAUGCCUUCUAUAAGUGCAUCAUGAAUACGAGGUCCAAAAAAUCCUUCAAAAAGGUGUUUAAUAGCAGAGUGUUGGUGAUCGUAAUCGAGACCACAGACGAGUCGAAACUAUCGAGAAUCGGCCAAAACAUAAUUUUCAUACAAAAUAACAAAAUGAUAGGGUUUAAAGUAUUUUUGUCCUGCUUUAUGUUGUCGAUUGGGUUAGUUCAGAUUGAUGCAGCUCCGUCCGACAAGUGUAAAGCCGUGUUCAGCAGCCGAGUGAAAGAUUCGCUGUGCGGGGCGAAGGAGUAUAUGACCAUCCAGGGUGCAGAUAUGGACAAAAUGCUGGAUUGCGUCCUGAGGGCGGUCAAUAUUGUGGACAGCACAGGCGCAGGCAAUCUCAAAAGCUUGCUCGAACCGAUGAGGAAAAUUGAAGUGGACGGUUGGAAGCAUAAACUGAAUAUUGAAUCGUGCACGACGACAACGAUGACCAAAACGCUGCCGGAACCUCAGCGGGCGCACGCAUUCUACAAGUGCAUCAUGAAAACCAAAUCGAAGGAAACCUUCAAGAGGGAGUUUAAUACGAGAGUUUGUGGCCAUGGUACGGCUAUGCUCUACUUUACGCAGUAACUCUAAUGGGCAGAACAUAGUAUUAUAUUAUUGACAAAAACAAUAAACUUUUGAAGCAUGGAAA